CUAUUUUGCAUACUCACUUUUCGUCAAACUUGACUUGAUACAUCUCACAAAACACAAUUUACAAUAUUCUCCAACAAUAGAGACACUGAACAAGAAUAACCUCACUUCAUCUCCUUUCAUAUACCAAAGAAGAAUAAGAAAGAAAGGCUGGGGGAAGGAGAGAGAACAAAAGACGCAAUGUCCGUCGUCAACACCCCAGUCGACACAAACUCCAAAGGCGGCCCCAUUGCCGACUUUGCAUUCGACGAAUCUCUCAUCGAAUGGACCGUCCCCAAAUCCGACUGGCUCGAGAUCCACGACAAGAACUUCGACGGCGUGGCCACGUCGGCGUACAUUUUCGAUGCUCAGGGCCGCGUGCUGCUCGUGCAAAGGGCCGCGCACGACAGCAUGCCGAAUUUAUGGGAAACACCCGGUGGCGCAGUGGAUUCAGGCGAUGACUCUAUCCUAGCGGGCUGCGCAAGGGAAGUUAGGGAGGAAGUUGGUUUGGUUGCAAAGAGGAUGAAGAGGCUUGUUACGGAGGGGGAGGGGAGGGGGAAGUGGAGUGUGUUUACGAAUAGGAGUGGGACGAGGGUGUUUUGCGGGUUUGCGUUUGAGGUUGAGGUUGAAGAACCCCAGGGGGGGAAGGAGGUUGAGGUUGUGCUUGAUCCGGAGGAGCAUCAGGCAUUUUGUUGGGCGGGGGAGGAGGAUGUUAGGAGGGGGGUUGUUGGGGGGAGGAGGAUUGCGUUGAGUUGUUUGAUGGUGAGGAAUCGGUUGAUGGAGGCGUUUCGGCUGAGGAGGGAGGAUGGGGUGAAUGGGGGUUGAGUAUUCAAGAUGGGAUGGGAGAAUGUGAUGUUUGGAUGAGAAGGCUUGAAUGAGGUGGUUGUGAUGGGUCGAGAUGGAAAUGUAUGGAAUUGGACGAGAGAAGACUUGAAUGAGGUGGUGUAUAUGAUGAAGUUAGAACAUGUGCGAGAUAUAUGGUUAGAAGAGGACGAAAUAGAAAUCUU